AUGGAGCUUAAUCUUGAACCCGAUAUGCAGUUGAUUCAGGAAUAUCUCAAACGCAGAACUGGUGGGAUUCGAACGGUACCACAGCUAUAUGUCAAUGGAAUGUUUAUUGGUGGUUUUGAUACAACUGAACAAAAGGAAAGAAACGGUGAACUAGCAAGAGAAAUGAUCGGAUUUCCAAAUGUCAAAGCAGCUAUGGUAAAUAUAAUUUUUUGUCGCAGUAACAUUGUCACAUGGUAA